ACUCAACAAGAUCUCACGCACUUACUGUCUGUAAUGUGAUCAUCUGGAUUCUUUUCAGCUGUGCCAACAGACUGACAGAUGGACUGGCUGAAAUUUUGUGGAUGGACCUUGGUCAAGCCUAAGUGACCAGUGUGUAAAGGAGUAUCUUGUCACUAUGGUUCAACUGGGAAGUCUCCUGGAUGACGAGGAAGGUGUUGUUCUGGUGGCACCGCCUCAAAAAUACUCCCUCCGAAAAUCCAUUAAACCUUUCAUCUGCUCCACGCCAGAUGAUUUCACAGAGGAGCGUGAAUUUUUAAGUCAGAAAAUUUUUCCACAAAUCAACGAAUUAUGCAUGAUGCGUGGAUGCCGCUUUUCUCCUGUGGAUAUUCCGUGGGGAAUGCAAGAUGACCAAAUAGCCACUGGUCAUCUGUUGAGACUAAAUCUAGAGUAUAUAUGUAAGUCUUUACCCUAUUUCCUGUGCCUGUUAGGUGAGCGCUAUGGACCCUACAGACCUGUCGACUCACUACCACUGCCUAAAAAGGUAACGCAGCUUCCUGAAUACGCAACUUCUCUGGACCGAAAUUACCUUGUGGCAGCCUCUGCCGGCUAUGAGUGGGUUCUUCAGGAACAUCACCAAAACAACAGUCUCACCGAACUCGAAAUCAUCCAUGCCACUUUUCUCAAUGAUUGUGAUUAUUGCCAUUUUUAUUUUCGUCAGCCCGAACACCUGGACAAGAAAUUUGGACAUUUAUCAGAUGAAGCACGACAGAAACUCAGCAAACCUUACCUACCUGUCAACGAAUAUGCUGACCUUAAUAUAAGGGAUUUAAAGCAGAGAAUUGUCAACAAAGGACUUCCAGUGAAAUAUUUUAAAGUGCUGGAAGAAUUAGGUGUUCAUGUUAUAAAGGAUUGGACUAAAGUAAUAGAUUUGGUUUACCCACCGCUAGAAUACCCCGUAACAACUCUUGAUACUGAAGAUUAUCAAGAAUGGGUGUGCAACGAGAUGUUUGCCGAAAGUCGCCGUAAGGUGUUUGUUAACUCAGUGGAUAUUAAGACACUCCAUGAUGAAAUGACGACCUUUGCCAAGGCUGCUCUUGAUGACCCACCAGAGGAAGUACAGGAAGAGGUAGACCGCUUCAAGUCUUACUCCAUAGUGACAAAGCUCAAGAAAAAAAAGCCUCAGGAAGUCAAAUAUAAGUCUAUGAUGUUGAUACAUGGUGACCGCGGUAGUGGAAAGAGCACACUUGUGGCUAACUGGUUACCAGGGUUCAAGGCCAGUCAUCCUGACCUCAAGGUCAUCAGCCAUUUUGUAGGUAGCAGUCAUCGUAGUACAAACGUCGCUGUAUUCCUGAAGCAGUGUAUCAAAGAACUGAGGGAAGAGUAUCUCAGACCAGAUACGGAGGUGGAUAAGCCACGAAUUACAGAGGAAGAUCAGCCAUGGAGUUUUGAGGAAGUGUCACAAGCAUUUGUCUCGGCUCUCUCUCUAGGCCCCUGUGUAAUUGUCCUGGAUGGAAUUGAUGAGCUGGGACUAACUCUUAGCCAGACUAACAGACAGAUUAAAGAAUUUAAAUGGUUGCCUUUCCCUCUACCUCCCCAGUGUCGUUUUAUCUGUACGACCUGUCGCUCGGAUUUGUCCUAUCAUGCUAUGACAAGUCGGCGUGACAUUGUUUUACAUCCUGUUCCACUCCUUGAUACUGAUAAACUCCGCAGAAACUUCCUGGAAGAACACAUGCAGCACCAUUUCAUGUACCUUAAACCUGUUGACUUUGAAAACAUACACUCUUUGAAAGCUUGCAACAAUCUUCUGUAUCUGAAUAUUCUUUGUAACGAAAUGCAGACUUUUAAUGUACAUACACAUCUGACUCAAUACCUUGAUGACGUUUAUGACAAUUGUGCCUCUCUCCGUGAAUUGUGUGUGCAUUGUUUCCAACGUUGGACUAAGGACUACAGUUGGCAGAAAGAGAACCUAUACGGAGACUCCACAGAACUAGAACCAGAGCUAGUUCCAGAAAAAACAAAGGAAGAGUUUGAAGGCUGGGUGCCUGAUGUCCUUCGACUCUUUGCUGUAUCCAAAAUGGGUUUGACCGAGACUGAUUUGUUUGCACUUCUUCAAAGAAUUGGCUACACAGGAAGUCGCAUUGUGAAGAAAUUUGAUUGGCUGCAGUUCCGCACGUGUCUUGGGAAUCUUCUAUAUGAAGGUCCAGAUGGGAGACUAGUUUAUGCCCAUCAACAUUUCAAGGAAAUUGUGGAAUAUGUGCUGCUGCAUUCAUUCAAGUCAAUUGGUUCUGAAGUGACAGCUAAUGAUGCUGCCAACAGAGAAUGGAGAGGAGAGAAACAGAAGUUCCAUAUCCACAUGACCAAGUAUUUCAAGCAGCUGCCUUUCUCCAAUGUCAUCCUUCUAGGACUGCCUCACCAGUUACUGAUGGCUGGAGACUUUGAGGGACUGUCAAAGGCCCUCAUGGAUCCUGUAAUCAUAAAUGGCUUCCUGAAUGAAGAAAAGCAAUGCCCAUCAAAUAAACUGGACCUUGCGUAUUACUGGUCAGUUCUAGCUGGUCAAGGUAUUGACAUAACAUCCACCUACACACAGCUGCUGACCAGCCUUGGUGUGUUGGAUGACCAGUCAGAGGAUGGUGACGGGACCAUUCUAGUCAGUGAGAACGGAGACGCUUUGUCAGUGUCUACCUUAGACGAGAAUGGAGAAGUGUUUAGACCCCAUGUUUUUACCAAUGUACCUCGAAUCAUAACAUCAUCCCCGCAUGAACAACGUACACUGUCGGUGAUUGAAGAGACAUCAAGUGUUGCAGACAGCUUUAGGUAUGGAGAGGAAGGGGAAGAUGAACUGCCAAGGAUCACAAUCUCAGAGGCACAGAAUGGGAUAGACACCAUCUUUUUAACAGAGAGUAAAACAAGCAUCACAUCAGAUCAAGGACCAAAGGAGAUUGUGCUGACCUCCUCUAAUAUCAAGCUGGCCUUCAUGAUAGCAUGCUUUCUCAAGGACACUGGACAUCACAAGGUCACGGACACCAUAUGUAGGGCACUCAAUGACAAACUGGAUAAGAACUACCCCUUGUCUGAGGAUGACCAGCUUCUGCACGCUCGUGUCCAGGAGAUGUUGGGUCAGUUCAGUAAGGAGGUGGAAGCCGACAUGGAACAGACAGAGAAGUGGUUCCGACGUGCACUUAGAACUGUCAUGGAUAUUUCUGACCUAGAUAUUGAAGAAGGAACACCUAAGUACUAUGAGAUAACUAAUCUUAAAGGGAGACUGCUAAAUCACCAUGGAAACCUGAGGCUUCAACAGGGUAGCAUGGAUAUUGCUGAAGAUCUACUAAAAGAGGCGCUCGACUGUGUGACCAGUUGUGGUAACCUAGCAACACGGGCAACAAUUCUCUACCAUCUAGGCAUUCUUAGGUCCCAGCAGUUUGAGUUUUUACUGGGAGAAAGCUGUCUCCGUCAAUCUCUUCUUAUUCGAGAGCAGUGGUAUGGCAGAACACAUCCUCUGGUGGCAGACAUCUUGUAUGUCCUAGCUGGCAUCAUGGGAAAUCCUCAAAACAUUCGAGGCUAUGACAAAGUGGCUGCUGAGACUGUCUACAGACGUUCACUGGAAAUUAGGGAGACAUGUCUGGGUGCAACUCACCUAUCUGUUUCUGAUAUUCUUAUGGAAUUAGCAAAGUUGGUGCAAGAAGAAUCAAGCCAGGGAGCAAAGGGUGAAGCUGUGAAGUUAUUACAGCGAGCUCUGGACAUCAAAACUACCCACUUAGGAGGAGACCACAUUGACACUCGUGCUGUGCGUUCUUACCUGAGCAAACUGGAGGUGACACUAAAGAUGGGGCGCUAUGAGUUUGGUCCCGCCAAACCUACUGACGUAAGGUCAGUGGAACGUCCAUACAGCAAUAUGUCAUGGCGAGAAAAAGAUAUCAUCAAUUUUGAGCGGAGAGCCAAAUCAAGGUCAUCCAGCAGAGGAGGUAGCUCAGUAUACUCAAAUUCACGUCCAGAUAGUGGUAAGAAUGAUGCAUCUUACAGCCAACUCAGUCGUCAUAGUAGUCUCAGCUUUUUAAGUGCCUCCGAGAAACUCAUGCUGGAGUCGGAGCGUCCUCGACUUUUACAAAGAGGAACACUAGACAGGCGCCUAAGAACCUCUUCACCUAAAAGUACAAACUCUUCUCCAGAUGAAAGUUCUAAAAAAGUGGAAAUCAAUCUUACCUCAAUGCAAGAAGAGGCUGAGGAUUCGGGGAAGGAGACACGUGUAGCAGAUCCACAGAUUGAUAGUUUUGCGGAUGAUAUCGGAGGUAUGGAUCGAACCACACUGGCAAGGUCAGUUGGGAAACAAGUAACUACGUUUGAUGUUCCUGACAGUCAGGAUUUUGUUCCUGUACGUCUGUAUAAACGAUAUGGCAGUGCAGGAAGUUCAAGGUCAGUGUCUCCUCGUCAGCCUCACAACAGCAAGACAAAUGUUCGAAGUGGCAGUGCUAAAAGUGGUAGCUCGUACAUUACAAGUGCUAGUCGAAUGUCUCGUACAACACAUAGCAGCAUGCGUAGUCGCAGUGUAAUGAGUCCACACGCAAUCACUCCUGGUAAUACCCGAUCCAUAACAUAUGGACCAAACAGUGAUGUCAGCAGUCUCCUUGGUCCACCGUCAACUCCACGGGAUAUAAAAAAGGAGUACCAUCAUCGUUCAGCAUGGUAUCAUGUUCCAGGCCGUUACACAACCUAUACACAAGAAUAUCCUUCCAAACGUUCUCAAAAAACAUUAGCUGCUCAGGCAUAUCAAAACAGAUUUACUAGUCCCUCAUCAAACAGUGAAAGGAGGAAAAAGACCCCACCUUCUAAACCAGUCAGACAUCAGCAAAAUGGUCGACAGAAAAAUGAAAAUGACAUUAAAAAUGAAGCUGAUAAUUUUGGACCAACAGUGAAAGGUAUUGGCCCAGUAUGUACAGAUUUUGGAGACAAUGGUUACCAUGACAAUUUGUUUACGACAGGUGGACCUGGUUACGAACGUUAUCAAGCCCCUAGCAAUAAUCAUGGUAUCAGUGUGACUUUCAAAGAGGCUGUAGUUGUGGAUUAAAGCAGGGGAAGCCAGCUAUAAGUUACAAGCCAAUGCCCAUUGGGGAAAUUUUCCUACAUAUUUGAUGAUAAUGUUAUCAGAAUUUGUACAGUACAACCAAUAAUUGUCAAAGCCGAUGCCUUUAAAUGAUUUACUAUCAAUGUUUGAUCAAAUGAUAUUUGUGAAAAUGUGAAGAAAUUUAUUGUAUGAGGUUUGAUAAUUGUUCACUGACUUUUGUUGAAUUUUGUUUACAAGUAGAUGAAAUGAUAGAUUUUUUUUUAAUCUAACAUCAGUUCUGUUGUAAGUUGUUAUAUGAUGUAGAUCAUACUUAUAAUGUAGAUAGAUUACAAUGCGCAAUACACAAUAGAAAAUAGGUCAUUUUUUAAAAGUAUUAUAUGUAUACAUACUUCAUGGACAUGAUUUGUGUCUUUAUUUAUUAUUUUCAAUGUAUAUCUUGUGCUUCUGUGAUAUAUUUUAGUGUAAAAAUUCUGAGUCUGAAAACUUUCAUUUCUUGUUGUAGAAACAAAAUAUAUCAGAGCCCAAAGUAUGUGUUAUAUUUGUUCCCCCCCCCCCACUUUUUUUUUC